AAAACACGAACACUCUGCAUAAUAUUAUGCAAGCGAAGUGACCGUCUUACAUGUUCAGAGGCUUUGCAAGGAGUAUUCGUCCCCAAAGACUGAACGCGAUAGAAGUUUUUUCAUUUCUAUCCCUUCUUUAGCUUUUUCAAACUUCUACAAACGCUCAAAAAUGUCCGCCGAAGAAGCUUUUACCGACGAUCUUAUGGUUCUUGAAGAAGAAGCCAUGAAGGUUUCCGAACAAGUUCAAGCCUACCACCGUAAGCUCAUGGCCCCCAUUUGGGAAAAGCGUCGUGAGAUGGUCAAAAAGAUUCCUAAUUUCUGGAAUCAAGUUUUCACUAACUCUACUUUGAGUGAGAUGGAUCCUACCGAUAACGACAUCGAAGCUAUCGAAAAUUUGGUUGAUUUCCAUGUCGAAUAUGAUGAUAACAAGCCCGACUACCGUAAGGUUACUGCUACCUUCAAAAAGAACAACGUUUUCAAAAACGAAACACUAGUCAAGGAAUUCACCAUUGACCCUGAGUCUGACGCAACUGUCAUCUCAAAGUCUACCAUUGACUAUCAUGAAAAUAAAGCCCCCAACCAGAAGAAGCGUAAGGCUAACGAUGACGACGAUGAUUUCGAUGGAAUGGAAUUCCUUGAUUGGUUCAGUAACGACGAUGCUCGUAUGGGCAUUUUACUCACUGAGGAUAUUUUCCCUAACGCCCUUGAUUAUUAUCAAGGCGAUGAAUCUGACGAAGAUAUUGACGAAGAAAUCGAGCUUGGUUCUGACUCCGAAGGUAAUAGAGUUGUGAAUAGCAGUUUAGAUUUCUACAAUUGACUUACGCCUUGCUUUCGAUUUGCAUAGAUGAAGAAGAAGAAGAAUUAGCAAAGCAUAAAUCAAAGAAAUCUAAGAAAUAAUUGAAUUGAAGUCUUUUCAUUUAGAUUAUUUUUUAUAUUCAAACCUUGAAGUCUAUCCGUCCAGCCAUUGUAACAUUUUUCCUGGUUGAAGAUCAUUUAAAAUGAAUUAUCAAUCUAGACAUUUGCACUACAUGCUUGCUCUAAUUGUUAUGAGCAUCCUUAAGUGAAGGUCGUCAGAUUUACUAGUUGAAAAACACAGCUGGAAACUUUUCGCUU